AUGAUUAAACGUGUAUGCAAAAUUUGUAGAACCUUUUGGGUAUGAAUAUUAAUUGACAAAACUUUUUUUUUUAUCUUUAAUCCAGUACUUUGCCCUGACUAUGAAACCUGUUAUUGACAUUUUGCCUUGGCUAUGAGAAACAACAAGAUCCAAAUAACACAAGCUGAUGUAUAAAUUAAAGAUUAAAAAUUUUCCUCUUUGUUGGUUCAUUAUCUUGCGACGAUUACACGAGUUUUCUUCUUUUUUUUCUUCGUGGUUUAAUUAGCCUUUCCGAGGUGUAACAAGUUGGCAUUUUGUUAGUACCGUUCGUUGUCUAAUGCGCGUUUUCUGCAUCUCGAAAAAAGCGGAUAACGAGAGACGGAACUCGUGUCAUCUGGACUGGAACAUAUUUAACUGCACGUUCUUGGAAAAAUGAUGGAAAUCAUCAUCAUCGAUGUAAGUCGAAGAACAGUGGUGCAGGUGAAAUUUGAUUCCAAAGUGAAAAUAUUUUAUAUUGUAGAGGGUGCAAUUAUUAUACUCCGUUUUUUUAAUUUAAUUUUAUUUAUUAUACCAAAAAUGUUACAUACCUAUGUUACAUAACUUUCAUCCUAUAGAGGUAAAUGCACCUGCACAUAGGUCUGGUAAUGUACAUACUAAUUUUAUACUUAAAAACCAAGAUUUUGAUUGUUACACUGUGUGUGUUUAAUACAACAUAUUAGAGUAAACUGUAUUCAAAAAUUCCAACAUUUACAUAGACUCUUAAUUAAACAAUGUUGUCCAUAUUCAUUUAACAUAAAUUGCUGUUUCUUAUCCAUUCACUUAAUUUAUUUUAAUAUGUCUUUGGCUAAUCUUUAAGGUUUUUUAGCUCUUUUGGAAGCCAAUUAAAAUAUUUUAUCGCAUUGAACUUACUACUUUUGAACCGAUAGAUUUCAAAAUUAGAUUUUUAUUCCUCGUCUAGGCUCAUAGUUAAAUAUUUGCCCUGCAAUUCUUGAUAGUUUCCCAACAUUUCUUUUGAUUCUUAGAAAUACUAAUUUCACUCAGAAUUUUCCAGGAUUUAAGAUCAAAGGAUCUCGAAUUAGAGUAGUCGAAAAAAAUACCACGAGUUCUUCAACCCUCGCCAUUCCAGGGUUAAUAUAUGCAAAAUCUUCUUUUCUAGAAAUUUUGCGUUCCAAAAGAAUUUCUCGAGUUAAAAAUCUGUCAUCGUCGCCGAUUUAUUUGAACGGAUAGAUUCGGUGGAAAGGGAAGAAUUUCCUGGAAGCGUGUGUUCACGGUGGUUGGACACAGCACUUCGCAAUCCUUUUUUCGUCCCGCUCGCCAUCACCCACGCCACAGUCAUCUUCUUCCCUCGCGACUUUGCGCAUCGGCACGCUUUGCCAUAAAACUUCUUCGUGUAUUUAGCCAGUGAGUGCUCGUAAACGAGAACACGGUCUCUUUAUCGUUUCCUUCGACCAACAUUCUUAGCGUGACGAAUUGUUGCUCGAUUUUCGUGAACAAACAUUGUGGUGUUUCAUUUUGAUCCAAGACUAAGUGGAGACUGUCAACGAGGCAUAAAACACAUGAAGGUAUUGGUGACUUUGUUAUACAAAAAAGUAUCGUCAACCCUUUUACUCAUCAAGGGUGGAUGGAAAAAUAAUCUAACAAUAUUGCAACACAUUUUUCCAAUUUGGUGAAACAGAAUUCCAAGUUUUAUAAAAUUUUAUAGAAGUGAAGGUGUUACUUUCCAACCCAAAUGCAAAUACGAUCAUAGUUGCAUAAUUUCGUGUAAUUAAAUUCCGGGUAGAUUUUAUAGAAAAGUAUCGUGUAUCGUUUUUUAUUGAAAUUAAACACGAUCGACGGUGUUUCGAUCACGGUGGACACAAUAGAAACAUCGCUGCACCUAUGCACAUUGUGAAAACUGCAGUUAACAAAUGUGCACGGACAAACGAUUAUGUCGAUCCUUUUAUAGAAUUGCCUGGAAUCACGCAAAGAUCCGUUUUGAUUUCGAACAGAAUCGAAUAGGCCAAUUUGAAAGUUCACUGAACGAUUUGCUAACAAUCGAGCAAACUGGUUCAACGCGAUGCAAAUGCAGUCACGUGAGUGCAGCGACCUGUAUUCCUUGAUUUCGAUGCGUCCCCUUAAACGUGUACACUUUAGAGCAAUACACGCGUAAGAUUCUAUUAAAUUUCUUUCAUUAACGAUUACAGGAUAUCGACAUUCUUUAUGUUCGACUGAAUUUCCAGGCCAGUCCGAUUGUUCUUACUUACGGAAGAUGGGUUACGAAACACACGUGGUCACCCGUGACACCAUCCUCCGAGGAACACCUUUGUUUUCGUUCUAUCUGAUAGAGUAAAAAGACUUUCCUCUUCUUCGCUGAUUCAUUUCACUUGGCUUCGUCUGAUACUUCGUGUUUCAAUAUUUAGAAUGUUUAAAAUUUCAAAAUGAAUCAACAAUUCAUACUUGAAAUUAAUACAUGAAGCUUUCAUCGAGCCUCGGAGCCUCAGGCGACGGUAAUUAUUACGGGGAAAAUUGUCCUAGCGGUCUUUAGCUUACGGUACGAAGCAUUAAUUUUGUCGUCUACGACCGUGACGUGUAACCAUCACAUAGAUACACGUGUCUUCAUGGUUUACUCAAAGAAACACCAUAAUAUGCAAGGACUUCAACAUCUAAUACCCACGUUCAUAAUUAAACUGACACAUGCUUUACAAAUUGAAACACAUCUCGUACGUGUAAUUUGUAGAUGAAAUAAUUGUUGCAGAAAAUGGGGAACAGGUGUUCGAGGUCUUAGACCAAGGUCCAAAUGCGCGAUGGUUGAAUCAGUGGGGGUUGGAGGCCUCCUCUUGACCAGCUGGUUUCUGGUACUGUUUCCGAUCGGUACCAGCGGCCAGCUUAGUUCAGAGUACGGUUGUCCUGCUCAGGAGAGGAUUCUACCUUGCAGAUGUUCCACUCGUGACAUGGAGAUUCAAAUAUGGUGCAGUCAUAGCGAGUUACCAAAAGUCCUCGAAGGUUUAAAAGCAGUUAGCCAUUAUCUGGAUCGACCUGUAGACGAAUUGAUCCUGGAGAACAAUAAUCUACCUAGUCUACCUGGCAAAGUCUUCGCCACUUUGCGCGUUCUUCGUCUGAUGCUCCGGAAUAAUCGUCUGGAAAGGGUGUCCCCCGGAUGGUUAGAAGGUCUCCACGAUUCCCUGUUAGAAUUAUUCAUCGUGGAACCAGAUUUACGCUCCCUGCCGAUAGACAGUCUGGAGAAUCUUCAAGGUCUCGAGGCUGUUACCUUGCAGAGCAGAGUGAUGAAGAAACUGCCCAAAUUCUCUGGGCUUCCGAAACUUCGUUACCUGCAGAUUAAUUCCCCAGCUUUGCUGGAGUUGGCGCCAAGAAAUUUUCGGGAUUUGCCCGGUUUGGAACAGCUUCAUGUGUUUGGCAGUCCACGUCUGAUACGUCUGGAGGCAGGUCUCUUCAGGGCGCUACCUCGGUUAGAAUUGAUUAAUAUCACCGACUGCGGUGUCCAUUGGGUUCAUCCUCGAGCGUUCAUAGAUCUACCGGAACUGAAGGAAAUUUCUGUGGUCGGGAACUCGAUAGUGGAUGCUGGAAUGAUCGGUCGAGCCUGCGUGGACCUGCCUUCGCUUUCGGUGAUACGGCUCGAUCGAAAUCGUAUCAAUCGCCUGAACGAAGGAGCCUUCAUGGAUCUACCGGUCCUGACUCGUAUCUAUUUGUCGAGGAAUCAUAUCACCGAGGUGUUCGCCGGAGCGUUUCAAAGAAUGCCAGCCUUGAAGACCCUGGAUCUUAAUCACAAUCUAAUACACCGCGUGCAUCCGGAAUUUUUCCCUCGCCGACCUGGAAACAGCCUGGAGGAGAUGUGGUUGAUUAACAACGACCUCAGUCACGUGGCUGAGCUGAGAUCCAUAAUGGAAGCUCUGCCCAGGUUGAAAUUCCUCGACGUUAGUUACAAUCAAAUCGAGGAGAUACCAUUCGGAGCGCUGAGGGGUCAUCUCACUUUGGAGAGGCUUCACCUUGAUCACAACAGAGUAGCCUUUCUGCAGAGGGAGACCUUCACCGCGAUGCCCGCUCUUAGGGAACUUAGAUUAAAGAAUAAUUCUUUGUCGAAUUUAUUGGAGGCGCCGUUCUGGAAUUUGCCAGCAUUGAAAGGCCUGGAUCUAUCAGAGAAUUACUUCCGCCACGUAGAACCUCGUCUCUUAGCCAACCUCCCAAGUCUGAGACGCUUAGAUCUAAGCGGAAACGCGGUUGGUCUCAUAGAACCUGAUUCCUUCCUGGCUACUCCAGCCCUGGAACACGUGAACCUCUCCGGAAACGCGCUCUCCGUUCUUCAUCCCCUAACAUUCCAUCAUUUGAACAAUCUCUACGAGUUGGACGUCGGUUGGAACCGAAUGCUGGAGAUAGUCCCUGGUCUACCAGGAAACAUAGAACACUUGUACAUGCCUAUGAAUCGUAUAGUAGUUCUACCAGCUCUAUCCUCUCAAGAUCUUGAUCUACCUGUUCUAAGAUCGUUGGAUCUCAGCGCGAAUGGAAUCGAGAGGAUACCACCGGGUAGCCUGGCCGAUUUACCAAAUCUGAGGAAAUUGAACUUUGGUUAUAACUCUCUGCGAAUUCUGGAGGAUGGAGCGUUCGAUGGAUUGUCCAGAUUGGAACAAUUGGAUCUGAGGUACAACAGACUGGUGACUAUUCAUGGAAGAAGCUUCAAACCACUUAGGUCCUUGAUGGAUUUAAGUCUGCGGGGCAAUCGUUUGGAGGUUCUCCGACCGGAUAUCUUUCAGGAAAACGUUAGAUUGCAGAGGCUGGAUCUUAGUAGGAAUAAUCUUGCCCAGAUACCUCACGUGACCUUUUCCAACACCAGGGACCUUCGUGAACUGUACGCGUCGCACAACACUUUGACCGAGUUACCCGGAUCGUUGCACGGCUUAACAGCUCUUCAGGUACUAGACCUGAGCUUCAACAAGCUGAACAUCCUGUCGCCGGAAACGCUGAGCAGCUUGUCGGCCUUGCUCGAGCUGAAACUCGUGAGGAAUCGUAUCCGCGAGCUACGGGAGGGUGCGUUCGAUGGUUUGCCACGAUUAACGCUGAUCGAUCUGGAGAAUAACGACUUGAGAAUCAUCGAGAGGAAUGCUAUCAGAGCUCUACCGGAACUUCAAGCCAUUCGACUCGGAAAGAACCGAUUACAGAUAAUUCCUAGCGGGGCUUUCACCGAGCUACCAUUACUUCAAAGCGCGGAAAUUCAGGAAAAUCGGAUCCAGGAAAUUGCGAGCAACGCAUUCAUUAACGUGCCUCACCUUCUCUUCCUGAAUCUGAGUCAUAAUCACUUGCCAGCGUUGGAUUACGUGGGACUCGAGAGCUUGCGUUCCUUGGAGGUUCUGGAUUUGAGCAACAAUAGACUGUCCAGGGUGUCCAGUAAUAGUUUGGCAUCCAUGGAGUGGUUGGUUGAAUUGAAAAUGGACAACAAUCGGAUCUGCGCCAUUCAAGGCUCGCCUUUCGAUCAGAUGCCAAGACUUCGGGUUCUCAGUUUGAGGAGCAAUCGAAUGGCUUCCGUAUCGGAAACGGCGUUCAAAAGAUUGCGAUCGAACAUCGCUGUCUUGGACAUCGAUGGAAAUCCACUUUCGUGCUCUUGCGGAAUGUUAUGGUUGCGAGGGUGGCUGCAGCAGGCAUCCUCCGAGGGUCCAAGGUGUGCCGAUGGAUCUUUGUUCAAAGAAAUUCGAUUGUCUCGUCAGGAUUGUCAAAGAGAACGACAGAUCGAUCCGAUUCACCCUGGCUGCGAGGCUGAGCUGAUCGAUUCUGCACCUUACCCUGUCUCUUCUUCCAUAUAUGGAGCAACAGAAAUGGUACCACUUCGCUUGAACCUAAAAGAGCCAUCCGUGGAGAAUCCUCCCAACCCUCAGGAUUUUGAUUACCUCGAUGAGUAUCCUGAAGAAACGAUGAAUAUAUCAACGUCCACGCAAACCGCGAUUACUAUACCACCAGAAAUUGUACAAAUGACCCAAACAACAGAGAAAGUUCAGUUACAAACGAACGGUACCAUUCCGAUAAAAAAGAACCCUCUAAUGCCUCCUUCCCCUAGUAGUUCCGGUUUCACCUUCUUCGGUGUGCCUUUGCCUAGUUUGAAUUUUAAUCUUUGGGGAAAUUCGGGGAGGAAAUCGGAGAGGAAGUAUUCCGAAAGACCCGGAAGAGGACGGUAUAGAACGUUUCCACCCACGGAACCAGAGAUCCAUAGGGGUGGUUUUGUUCCUCUGCCUCGAGGACAGGGUGGUUUCGUGCCGAUCCCUGAUCCAAGAUUAACUUACGAAAGGCAGGUUAAUAAAAAUGAAACUUUGAGAGGUCAGAAUUCUAAUAUCACGCAGGAGGAACGGAAGCGAUGGAAAAAUGGAAAUGGUACUGUGGUGAAGGUUGAAAGGACUCAUCCUAGGACAAACAGACCCAAGGUGGAAAUUAAAGAGAGGGAAGAACUGUCCACGGUGGCAGCUAAUCAGCCUGAUUCUCGAUGGCAAAUGUCUGGAGUUAAAAAAAGCAGUACUUCUUCCAUAAAUUCAACGAGAACGUUAGAUUCCAGCACUGCAGCUGAUGAAUCUCCUCAAGAAGCAAACGAAACAACAGUGUCUUUAGAGAUUCAUGAUGAUGACCCUUCGGAGGCGAAUAAAAAAUCAAUUAAAGUGGAAGAGAAGUCUCAAGAAGUCGCGAGUAGAAUAGUGUGGACCACCCCUGGAACCAUGCUGGAGACUACGAAAGAUGAUUUGGUUAUAGAAUCAUCCACGAAUGUGAUGAAAAAUGAGAAAAAUAGGUUUUGGGAUUCCGAGGCAGUUGAAUUGCAAGAAACUUCCACCAUAGAUCCUCGAAACGAAUCCAUGGGUAUAAAUACAGAUGAUUCUAGUAGCGUUGUAACAGAACGAUCACCUUUUCAUUCAUCCUUCUUAGAGAAUAAAAAAAAAUCUUCGACGUCUCAAUUGCCCCGAGAAACAGAAGCAUCAGCUCUUUCAGCGUUUCUGGUUCCAGGAGGUCAGGUACCUUCUUCAGUACCAAAUUUGCGUCCAUUAGGUAAGCCAACGAUCACGAAGGUUCCUUCGCCACGUAUCGGUCUCUCUGCUGAAGACGAGAAACAGAAGUCCGUGGCUGAAGCUGUUCAACGAAACGUGAAAGACGAAGAGAAGAACUUCGAGAAAGACGGAUCUUCGAACGAAAAUGCAGAAGUCAUCGAAGACAAUUCGUUCAAUUGGUACUUUCAGCAUUACAAUGACACUAAUUUAGAACCCUUUGUAGGUAUUGCUUACAGCGAAGGUGCGAAGACAAGUGCGCGUCGAUGGACUUUAUUGGGUCAAAUGUGUCUUAUUUUGUACACUGUAGUAUAAAAGAAAAAACAUGGAUGAUUAAGUGUUUUCAAUAAUUAAUUUAUUAAAUAAGUAAUACUUAAAUUCUUCUUACUCCAUUCAUUUUUUAGAAAGAAGAACUAAGGCAUUCUGUAAGUACUUCAUGGAAGAUGAGUCAAGUGAUCUAUUGAUUAGAACAAGUUUGCAAAUUAAUGUGCAAUUUAGGAUAUUUUUAGUUAAACAGAAGUGCAGAAGAAGAAGUAAUUCAUCAUUUGCCUUUCCGUGUGUGAAGACAAGAGGUCGUAGAUUAGGCUCUUCUCGUCUCUCCUAGGGUUUUUUCUAAAUUCUCCCCAAACCAAAAGCAAAUGGCGAUUGAUUUCUCAUCUUAAACUUCCCCUUAACUAAAAAAAGCUCCCACUGCACCCAAAUAUCCGUAAAUUACAAAGAAAUGCACGAUCAAUAAGGAGCAAUUAAUUUCCAUUUUCAUAGAUCCUUCGUGUGGCAAUGAAAAAUAAAUAAAAUCAUGAAUUCAAUGAUCGAGUUUUUUGUUGUUUUUAUUAAUAACGUAGUGUAUUAUUUAUGAAAGCUUAAGUUCUUUAGAAAAUAUGUCUGUAAUAUCUAAAAAUGUAUACGUUAUUGAGAAUCUUAUGUGGUAUCCUCGAUGUUCUUUAGAAAAUUUUAAUACAUUCAAGUGAACCGUGAAUGAUUACUGAACAAUGCUUGAUUUAGAUAAAAAUCACCAAAUUAUUAUCGAUGACGAUACAUUAUAUAAAAGUUACGGGUAGUUUGAAGCAGUUGCUCAUUCCUAACGAUAGGAGGGAACGAUUAUCAGUAAACACAAUUACUGUGUUAUGCCAUGUAAAAAUUACUUUACACUAAAAUUUGUGAUAAUUGUGCAAUGUGUUUACUAGAUCUUUAUAUAUGGAAAUAUUGUAACUGCAUUCCCACUAUCAUACCCUUCAUCUAAUGUACCCUUUUUAAAUUCUUACUGUGUUGGAACACAUUGAGAAUAAGAUUAUCAGUGUUUAUUUUUUUUUUUUUUUGGUGUUAACUUGAAAUGCAGACCAUCUGAUAGCA